GAAUAACAUUACAUAACUCUUCGUACAUCAUGACUGUGAAAACGACAAUACCGAUUCACCGUCUUACUCACGAUUGUAUUUAUUGUUUAUUAUUUCCGCAAUACCGUAUGGCAAUGUUAACAAUAUUACGUUUCGUGUUAUAUUCUUAUUUAAAAAAUGUAUAAGAACGUGAUAGGAAAGCUAAAAUGCGUGUACUUUCCUGAAAAUUUACAGUGAAUUUGGUUAAGUUGGGUUAGAUUAAUUCAAGUUGAGCAUUUGCCGACGUUUUAAUCUCGCCUGUCACUUCUUGUCUCUUAUAAUAAUUAUAAAAUAUAAUAAUGUACGUACUUUGGACCAAUUAAUUCAUAAACGCAAAAUGCACAGCGAAAGUGAGGAAGGAGAAAUUAUAUCAGACUUUGAAGAUUUUACAGAAGAACUAAGUAGUUUUCCUCAUGUUUUGAAAUUCAUACGUAAACUGCGUGACCAUAUUAGAAAACAACGCAAGAAAAUUACUAAACUACAAAAGAAGCUCAAUGAGCAGAAACAGCAAAACUCGCUUUGUACAAAACCACACGUAUCCCACUGUGAGACUCAAACGGAUCCUUUAGACUUUAAUAAAUCACUACCACAGGACUGGAAUGUUAAUCGUAAUGUUAAGUCCCUCAGUAUAGUAGAUGAGGUGAAGCAAGUUGCUGAAUCAGCUUUAUUACAGACUGGUUUUGUUUAUGAGGAGACAUCGGGAAUGUAUUACGAUUACAAAACUGGAUAUUAUUAUGAUACAAGGCAAGGUUUAUAUUACGAUGGAAAUACUGGAAUAUACUACUACUACGACGAGGCUAGCAAUACGUAUCAAUUCCAUAGCCAAGUCUAUAUAAAUGAAACUACUCCUGUACAUCUUCCAACUUUUCGAAAAGAGGAAAAACAAGGAAUUGGAAAUACGUAUAAGGAUGACGUGAAAAAACGAAAAUUUAUAAGUGAUGAGGAAAAUUUAAAAGAUAAAGAACCUGAAGAGGGUGAAUGUUCAGGAAGUGAGAAUGACGGCAUUUCUGACGAAAUUAUUCCUGACGUAUCUACAAAUAGCGAAAGCGAUGAGGAAGAACAAGAUUUAGCGAAAGGUUAUCCACCAUGUAUGAGAAUUAUUGUUAAGGAAACAGAUUUGGCAGAGUUAAAAUUGGGCUCCCUUUUCCUCGUGACAUGUACAGGAGGUUCCUUAGGUCGAUUGGGAGAUCAUUCGGUGUUAAUACCGGACAUAAAUAUUAGCAAGUAUCAUGCACGUUUUGUGUACGAUGAAACUGAGAAGCAAUAUCGAGUAAUAGAUUCUGGUUCGAGAAAUGGUACGUUUAUAAAUGGCAAAAGAUUGUCAGUAGCUAAACAAGAAUCUGAGCCUCAUGAGGUAACGCAUGGAUCAGUUAUAAAAGUUGGCGGAACAAAGUUACUAUGCCAUAUUCACGAUGGAAAUGAAACGUGUGGCCAUUGCGAACCAGGUCUUGUUCAACGGAACAUCAAUCUUAAUGAAAAUAAAGCUUCGAAGACGAAACAUCACAAGGAAGAGUUGCGACGUUUGAAACAAAAAUUUGGAAUUGAAAAGGACAAUGUUGUAUCUAGUAGUCAAUUAGCUUCAGGUUAUCAAGAUAGAGCGCAAGCUAGGCGGCAGUGUGUAGGUUCCUCGGAUCCUUAUGCUAAGACUCAACAAAGUUCUGUUGAUACAUCAAUAACAAAGGACAAUAAAGGGUUCAAAUUGCUUUCGAAGAUGGGGUGGUCCGAAGGUCGCGCCUUGGGCAAAGAUGGAGAUGGAAGGACGGAACCUUUACCGAUUGCGAGCAAUCACAACAAAGUUGGUCUUGGAUCGAGGAGAACGGAUGUUUCUAACAUCGAAUUAGAUUCCAACACGGAGAAGAAGCAGGCAGUUUGGCGGAAAACGCAAAAACGUUAUAAAGAAAUAGUGGAUUAACUUGAUAACAAAUUAAUAAUUAACUAACGGCUACAAACUUAUUUUAUACAACCACCUAGUCGCGUAUUAUAA